GGAAUUUCACCGUUUUUGGAUAUCUCGUCCGAUGAACCAGGACAUGUCGGCCGACCCACCGCCGGCAAAAGCGCGAUGGGCGCGUCUCCGCGCUGCCAUUCGAAAGCACGUCGAUGACUCUUCGUCGUCUGCAUCUCAACUUCCGUCGGCAAUGUCCAUGUUCGCUUUCCACCCCGUUGAAUCGCUGGUGCUACCCGACCUCGCUCCACGUCGAAGUGACUACGAAUGGCGAAGGUACCCGUUGCCUCAACCUCCAUACCACCUCUCGUUGCACACCCGCAAGCCAGACGGCAACAUUUCGAUCCAUGAACUAGCCAUCCAAGAUGUUGACAACACAGGCAACAUCCGCACGUGGCCAUGUGAAGACCUGCUGUGGCGCAUCCUUCUCGCCAAGUUUGAACAGUAUCAUGGACCGCCGCUUCGCUUCCUCGAGCUCGGCGCAGGCAUGUGCGGUAUCGCAGGGCUAGCAUUGGGCUCUCAAUUACCUGCAUCGACCUUAUCGUCCAUUGUACUGACCGAUGGCAACACAUCGUGUGUGGACAACCUCCACGUCAAUCUCGACGUCAACGUGGCCCACGGCAACCUCCGACCACACAUUGCGACGGCGGAGCUCUUAACGUGGAGUCGAACGAUGCCGCCAGUUGUCGAUCCGGCACGUCAAUUCGAUGUUGUGAUCGCCAGCGACUGCCUCUUCUUCGAGUCGUUUCAUUUGGACUUGGUGCAUACCCUGCGCCACGUCACCAAGCCUUGCAGUGACACCGCCAUAUACCUCCUUCAGCCGUCGCGCGGUGGUUCACUCGAUCGCUUUGUUGCGCUCGCAAAAGACUUUUUUCACGUUACUGUGGAAACCGAUUUUGACAAUGACGUGACAGCAAAGCAUGCUGCGUUUGCCCUCGAUCGUCAGUACAUCCCGAGUUUGCACCAGCCCAUCCUCGUCACACUCCGGUGGCCGCCACAUGCAGUAUAAGACCAACAUGAACAUGGUCACCGUCGGUCUCUGCAGUCGCAUCA